AAUUGCACAUAAUUCGCACAUACUGAUAGAUAAGGUUUUGAUUGAUUUUGCUAAGAUCGUUUUGCUAACUUUACAUACCUAAUUAAAUUGGCUACAUAUAUAGAAAAGUUGUUUCUGGCAAAAUGUUAUUUUUUUUUGAUCGUUGAUGAAAUUUGGUGCCUCUACAGGGAUUUUCAAACAUUGUCAAUUAUAAUUAAAAAUGUUCAGAAUUGAACAAUACCUGGAAUAUAUUAUCCAAGUAUGCAAUCACAGCUGACCAUAUACAAUCGAACUGGAGGAGUACAAUAGGCAACCUGGAAGAAAGCUACUUAAUUUGUUUGGAACAAAUAAUAGAUUUACUUACGAAGAGGUUUUUAAAAGAUGGGACUUCUUAGAAAAAGAAGCAAGUAAACAAGGAAUUUCAAUAAUUGGGUUUUCCUCGGAUGGUGAUAUACCUUUAUUAAAAGCCAUGCGAAUUAAGUAAAAUUUCCAAAAGACUGAUAAAUAAUCUUGUGAAACAUGGGACUGGUUUCACAUGCCUCUUAAUGGGCACUGUUGUAUCCAAGAUUAUGUAAAUAUAAUGACGAAAUUCUGGACUAUACUGCUAAAAUCAUACCUUAAACGAAACCAAAAUGACGAAGAAUUUAAUAAACAAAGACAAAAUGAAAAUAAAAAAACAUAAAAAAUGAUAAUAGGGUCUUUUGAAGUUUCAAAAAAUUAUUUAGUUGAUCUGAUAACAAGAUUUACUAAAGAUAAACAUCUGCUAAUACCAUCUGAUCUUUAUUUAAAUGAUAAAAUGAAUUAUAAAUCUGCAGAAAAGAUGUUUUCUGAAAUGGUACAAAAUUUGUUAAAAACUCAACCUGAUGCACUAGGAACCGUCAAAUACUUAAAUUUAAUGAACAAGAUCAAAGUGGCGUUUUUGGAUAAAAAUGUUUUGAUUUAUUGUAUGUGGAAUGUUGUGUUCUUUUUACGAAUUUGGAGGCGAUGGAUAAUCUCUGAUGAAAACCUGAGUUUAUCAAAUAAUUUUAUUACAUUAAAUAGCUACUUAUGUGUGGAACUUAAUAUAUAUGUUAUUAUAAAGUUAAAUAAUUUGUUUAAAGAAAAUAAACAGAUAGAUGAAAAUACUUCAAAAGAAAUGUUUUUACCAUUGCUAUUUAGUUCUCAACCAUGUGAAAAACUGUUUAGAGCUGUGAGAUCUAGGCAUCCACUUUCUCAACAGUUGUUAAUUUUAGUGUGUUAGAAAUAAUUAAGAGAACCAAUAAGAUAGAAUAUAUUAACGACUGUAUAACAAAUUUAUAUGACACAUUUAUAUUCCCUAGAGAGAACAAUUAUAAACAUAAUUUAGACCCAAAUUUAAACGAAUAUGCCGGUAUAUAAAGACAUUUGGAAAAAUAUAGAAUACAUAAAAUAUUAUGAAGAAGGCAAAGAAACCGUUCAUUCUGACAUUGACUCGGAUGAUGAUUUAAUUAUAAAUGAAAACGUAUAAGAAAGUAAUAAUAUAAUUGAAGGUCAAGAACUUUUUUAAGAUAUUACCUCAGAAAGCGAAGCUGACAGAGAACAAGAAAUUAUUGAAAGCCAAGGUGAGACUUCGGCUGAGACCACUUCUGAAGGAGGAAAUAUUUUGAAAAACUUUACUCCUCUGAAUGUUAGUGAUACUAAAACAAAAAAAUGUAGUGCACAUAAAAAUUGGAAAUCUAAAACAAUUAGAAAAACAACAUUAUUUUGGGUACUAGACAAGCAUUCCAAUAAAUUAAGUUCGGACACGAUUAUAUGAGUUAGGGGAGUCCCAGAAUUUGCCGAUUCUAAAAAUUACAAGAAAAGCACUGUCAAUUUAUUAGGAAAGAUAAUAAUAGAAAGUAGAAAUGAUGAUAAAGUUUUUAAAAGAAGACUUAGGUCACUAUUAUUGGCCUAACAAGGAUAAUAUGCAGUUAAAAAGGAAUGCAUCCUAUUCGGGCCAAUAUUUUUAGGUUUUAAACCGUUUAGUAUAACCAAAGAAACAAAGAAAGAAAUAAGGAAAAUAUAUAAAGAAUAUAAGCCUGCAACAGUUUAUUAAGAGUUUUAAGUAAUUUGUUUUUAUUUAUUAUUACUUUGUUUUAUUUUAAAUAAGUAAC